UCUGCUUCUUCCGUUUCCAACCAUUCGAGUCCUAAGAUGGCGGACCGGCGGCGAAGGAGGAGGCGCGCGUCCCAGGACAGCGAGGAUGACGAUGAGUCCGGGUCGGGUUCGGACAGCGGGAGGUCCGGGUCCCCGUCCUCGAAGCCCCGGGGACGGGAGCCCGACCCGGCGGAACCGACCGCGAGCCGGGUCCCGGCGAAGAGCGACGUGGAGUCCGAGUGUGAGAGCGAAGACGGCGUUGGAGAAGCCGUCCUCUCAGAUUACGACAGCGCCGACCCCGAGGACAACGGAUCGCAUUCAGAGGGAGUGGAGGAGGAAGAGGAAGCAGAGCAGUACAGCGACGAGGAAGCUCCGGCAGCAGCCAGCGAGCCCCAGCCCCCCACUACAGAUGGCCCUGUGGAGGGAGCGCAGGGAGAGGAGGAGGAGGGCGGAGAAGCUGAGGAGGAAGAAGAGGCUGUAGGGCGGAGCAAAGAGGAGAGCAAAGCAGAGGAGAAGGGAAACCUAGCAGGAGAGCGACAGAGCGGAGACGGACAGGAGUCGACGGACGACCCGGAGACGAAGGCGGGGGGCAAACCGGGGCAGCAGCUGGACGACGACGAGGACAGGAAGAACCCGGCGUACAUCCCAAGGAAGGGUCUGUUCUUCGAACACGACGUCAGGGGGCAUGCUCAGGAGGAGGAGAGGCCAAAAGGCAGAAACAGGAAGUUGUGGAAAGACGAGGGCCGCUGGGAGCACGACAAGUUCAGGGAGGAGGAGCAGGCGCCGAAGAGCCGCGAGGAGCUGAUCGCAAUCUAUGGUUACGACAUCCGAAAUGGCGGCGGCCCCGGAGACCGAGGGUACAGACAGCGGAGGCCCAGACCGACUUCGUCUCCCAGCAGAGACAAACGGUGGAGAGAUGGAGGAGGAGAGCGGCCCGUCCGGUCCUGGCAGAACAGGGGAGGAGGGGGAGGAGGUCUGAACCGAGGAGGAGCUCCUCCACCUUCAUCUGUCCACCCCUCCUCUUCGUCGUCAUCCUCUGCACAGCGAAGCGGCAUCCCCUCCAGACCUCCUCCCUCCCGUACCAGACCACCCCAGAGUAACCUGCACCCCCCACCUCCGUCUCACUACAGGAACAAUGAAUCAAACGCACCCCUGGUGCACCACCGAGAGCGGACGGGUCCUCGGGCUCAGGCGGAGCCUACAGGGGAAAAGGGAGGUGUCAGAGGAGGGCGAGGAGGAAGGGCACCCUCUGUGGUCAUUGAGGACAUUACAGUCAGUCAGGGAGGGGUCACGGAGCAGGAAUUGAGCGUUGGCGCCGUGACGCCGGCAGCGUCGCCACAGCCGGGCGGUUACCAGUCCACUUCACCGAGACGCCAGCAGGAGCAGCGAGGUGGCAUGGACAGAUCUGCGUCAGGACUGGCCGCUUCCUCUUCCGGCUCCGACCCUUCCCUUCAGUCGUCAGCAGCAGCGACCAAUCGGGAAGCUUCCCCUCCCGCCGAGCGGCCAGUGGAGCGCAAGUCUUACUCACUGGCUCGCAGGACUCGCUCGCGUCCCGCAGACCUGGGCAGUAAACAGGCGUCUGUGGAGGAGUCCGUUGCCGGGGGCAACAACUCUUCUCCUAGCAAUGUGGGGGGAAAGAGCUGGUCGGGUGGAGGCGACGCACCGAGCCAGGCGGGAGGAGGCGUGACGGAGCUGGACCAGGACGUGGCCCGGCUCAAUCUGGCCAGGCAGAGCUGGAGCCCGACCUCGUACAUGCGGUCUGAGAUGAGAGGCCUUCCUAACCCCCUGCACAUGCCCAGCGGCCCGCCACAGUUCUCCGGCAUCGAGGAGAUGGGUGUCGGCAACAACCGGGCCAAACGCUACUCCUCCCAGCGACAGAGAGCCGUGCCCGAGCCGGCGCCGCCUAUGCACCUGGGAGUGAUGGAGGGACACUACUAUGAGCCCAUGUCGUACCAGGGACCAAUCUAUGCCCACGGGGAUAGCCCCGCCCCCAUGCCACCACAGGGCAUGCUGGUGCAGCCUGAGAUGCACAUCCCGCAUCCUGGUCUUCAUCCCCACCAAUCAGGAGGCCCCAUCGCUAACCCCGCCCUAUACGGAGGCCCACCAGUGUCUCUGUCACCAGGGCAACCACAGCAACUGCUGCCACCGCCUUUCUACCCUCCACCGGGGGUCAUGACCUUCCCCUACCCCACCAUGUACCCAAACCCACAGGGUCAGACUCAGGUGACCUACGGAGGCGUGACGUACUACGACACGGUGCAGCAGCAGGCCCAGCCCAAGCCUUCGCCCCCCCGCCGCACAUCCCAGCCCGUCACCGUCAAGCCCCCCCUCCAGAGGUGCCCUUUGCCUCAGAGUGACUCCGCCCCUCACCCCUCCCUGCCACUCCAUCUCAGCCUCACUCUGGUCCAAAAACUGUAGGAGCGGGGUGGGCGGGUCGGUGAGGAGCUGCGGUCCAAAAACAACCACCAUGGUAAAGGAGGGAGGGUGGGAUGGAGACAGGCUCCGCCCACAGCAUCACUGGUGGAUUCAGACUUUCUCCCCCUUCCUUUUUUUUUUUUCUUUUCUUUUCUUUGUUUAGCCCGUGUAGCAGUCGGGCGGGUCGGCGGGUCGAUGCUGUAUCUUUGAGCAAAAUGGGACUGACAAGUUCACGAGGAGUCGACCUCUGCACCGUCGGUGCUCUCAGAGUAUUUUUAUUUGUUUUCACAUUUUCUGUUGAAUCCUGGAAACGGUUUUCUGCGUCAGGCGCUCUUCCUGCAGGAGGACACGUCGUCAUCCAUCCGUCGCAGUUACAGAGUUUGAAUGCAGCUCGGCUUGUUUUGGCUUCUGCUCAGUGCUCAUUCCUCUAACUCUAAAUGUGUAAUCAGCAGAUAAACAUGUAAUAAACGGUUAAUAACACUUUAUAAAGGUGCGGUAACUCCUGUGGGCGCUCAGAGGUGCAGGUAGAGCAAAAAUCGCUUCCUUCGUGUUCGGGUGGCCGUAGUUUAGCGAGACGACACGUUUGUUUCAGCGUUCAGUUAAACUGCAGUUCAAACUUUAAAGAUGAAACAAGACUUAAAACCUGGAGGAAACAAAAACAACUAAAAUAAAAUCCAGAGCGAGUACUUCUCUCUGACAGCAUCACUGCAGCUAAACGCACUCAAACAUUCCUGAAUGUUCCUAAUCUGGAAUAUUUUGCUGUGUUGUUUCAUCAGAAGAACCGUCUCACACGUGCGACACACACAAACAGACGUGUGAAACUCGUGAACAAACUGAGUGUAACGACUUGUUUCUGUUUAAACAGAUUGUUUUGACAUUUCUGAGUGUUUUUGAGCAACUUCAGGAAAAAAUUUCCAGCUUCUCGGUUUUCCUUAUAAUCAUAAAGAUUCAAACUGCAGACCUGUGACAGGGGGCGGGGUUUAGGGUUCAGCAUUAAAAGAAGAGUUUUAUGUAUUUUGUGAUAAAUGAAGAGAAUAAUUAGCAGAUUAAACAUCAGAUAGUUUAAGUUGAAUUAAGCUGAACAGCCACGUCCCUUUAACGUGCGGCUGUCUGCCCUCCUGAGUGUACACGUGUCACUUCCUGUUGAGAUGGGGAGUUGGGGCAGGUGGAGGCGGUUCGUGUUGCUGUACAGGCGUAUGUGUAAAUAGAAGCUGCAGAGUAGAAACAUAUUCUAAUAGGCAUAGAGGAGCUUCGGCAGGGACCUCGAGCGAAUCGAUGGAUGGAUGAUGGAGAGCGGCCGUGUGGGUUUGGUUUCCUCUGUUCUCACGUCUGUUUCUUUAUCAUUGUUGUUGUUGGUGCGUGCCGCCUCGUGUCUUUGUUUUCUGCACGCAGGAAGCUCGAACUAAAACUUGAUGAAGAACACCAGACUGUCAUGUUUGUUUGUUUGUUUGCGCUCUGUGUUCUGGGAGCUCGUGGUUGGACGUUAGCGUUCCUCCUCCUCUCGUUAAAGUCGGGGAGUUGUUUGACUGAUGGGUGAGGACAGAAGCGUGUUGCCGUUAGAAACGCCUGCCGUUCAGCCCGUUAGCAGAAUCAUUAGGAGAAAACAGGUUGAAUUUAACAGGAACAUUAAUCGUUCCUGAUCCCCGUGCUGAUGUUUGAUUGGGGGGAUUCCUCUGAUGGUGGGGCUCGUCUUCAGUGGGAGGAGGUUGGGGUUUUGGUGCUCGCCAUCAGAAACGACACCGCUCUGAUCUUCGGUCACCUUUAUCAGAGGAGGCCUUCAGCUGUGACGGUAGCUUCAGCUCACUUCAGCUCCAACCGUUAAUGUCCACUGAUGUUUCAAUAAAGUUUAAAGACGUUUCCUGUUC